CAACCUUGUUGGAGGUCGUCAAGCAACGAUUUGAUGUGGCACAUUAUCUAGACUAUAUGGGGGUUUUAUAAGUUAGAACACCCCAUCAAGAAAAUUUGUGGUGCACUCAAAAUUACAUCAUAUGGAAGUCUCUUCUUUCUUUUUUCCUCUUCUUCCAUACGAGCCGGUGCAGGCCUGCAUCCAUACUCUAGUUCAACUACAAAAACAAGACAGUUUAUGAAUCAGAUAUGAUGUCAAUAAAAGGAGGUGGCAUCAAGAGAGGCUAGCCAUGGGAGCUACUGAAAGGGCUGGAGUGAAAAUUCCUCGCUGGAAUAUCCCCUACCAGGUUCGGUUGAUGUCGAUGAUCGUCCUUGACAAACUCAAACCUGAGCUCUGUGUGGGAUUCUUUGGUUACCAACUUCUCAAACUCGAUUGGCCCAUGAUCAGAGUUUCUUGGUGUCACCCAAAAACUUCACCAUCAUUAUUGCUAAGUGGUCGAACAACUGAAGAUACUCUCGCAGGCUCAUGGUUCCCAUAUGAAGAUGCAAAAAUUCCUCACGUUUCUGUUCCACGAACGACUCUGAGAUAUAUUCUUCCUUGAAUACCCAUUUGAACUAGGCCCACGUCAGCUAGGGAGGAUAAUCUACGUUCCGAGUGGUAAACAAAAAGAAUGAAUUGAAGUGAUAUAU